ACACAGGCAUCAACCACUCCCCUUGGCAAGUGUGAAGCAGCAGCUCGGGCUGGUGCGGCCCGGCUUGAGCAUGAUCUCUGUCUUCCUCUGCCUGUGAGGGACCAAGGAAGACUUGGGUCUGCUGUCCACCGACUACUAUGUUUACUAUGACACGGACAUGGACCAGGCGAUGGAGCGCUAUGUCUCGGUGCCCAGGGAAGAGGCUGCACAACACAUCCCUUUUCUCUUCAUCUCUUCCUCAUCAGCCAAGGACCCGACCUGGGAGAACCGAUUCCCAGACCGCUCCACCAUGAUCGUGCUCAUACCCGGCACCUACGAGUGGUUUGAGGACUGGCAAGCAGAGCCGAAGGGAAAGCGGGGCAGUGACUAUGAGACCUUCAAAAGCUCAUUUGUGGAAGCCUCUAUGUCAGCGGUCAUGAAACUGUUCCCACAGCUGGAGGGGAAGGUGGAGAGUGUGACUGCAGGAUCUCCACUCACCAACCAGUUCUAUCUGGCUGCUCCCAGAGGUGCCUCCAACGGGGCUGACCAUGACCUGGGCCGCCUGCACCCUCGUGUGAUGGCCUCCUUGAGGGCCCAGAGCCCCAUCCCCAACCUCUACCUGACAGGCCAGGAUAUCUUCACCUGUGGGCUGGUCGGGGCUCUGCAAGGUGCCCUGCUGUGCAGCAGCGCCAUCCUGAAGCGGAAUUUGUACUCAGACCUUAAGGAUCUUGGCUCUAGGAUCCAGGAACAGAAGAAGAAGAAUUAGUUCCAUCAGGGAGGAGUCAGAGGAAUUUGCCCAAUGGCUGGGGCAUCUCCCUUGACUUACCCACAAUGUCUGUCUGCAUUAAAUCCUUGCACACACAAAGCACUCUAAUUUGGUUCUGAUUCCUCAGGAGAGGCCUAGUUUAAAUCACAGUUCUGAAUCUGGGGCAAUGAAACCAUUGCUUCCAGCUGGGGCAGGUGACAAUCUGUAUGCAUUUUGUAACAUGCUGUCCCUACUAAUAGGCUAUUGACCUGGAUAGGGUGAUGCCUCAUGAUGAGCAGUGCUCUGAAUCCCUCACCCGUGCCUCCUAACUCAGUGAUCAAAGAGAAUAUUCCAUGGAUCAGGUGGACUGAACCCCCGGCAGCGCUGUCAGCUCAAGCCAGUGGGUUCAGUUCUGUCCUGAGGCUUCUGCUCUCAUUCACUUAGUGCUGUGCUGCAGAGUUCUACACUGUCAAGGAAAAGGGAGACUCAUGAGGCUUAACUCCAAACCUGGGAAUGGUUUUGGUUGCCGUUCCAUAGGCUCAGAGAGCUCUAGACCCCUUUUGUGCUGGGUCCAGUGGCUCUUCAGAGGACAGGAAAUGCCUGUGUCCGGCCCCAUGUAGUUCUGGAGCUUUAGGGUAACAACAGGAUCCAUUAGUAGUGUGCAUGUCAGAAGACCAUAUCCAAUUCAUAUGGAAGUCCUGGGUCUGUCUUCCUUAUGAUCAGGGUGGCAUCUGGCUCUUGAUGUGCCAGCGUCGACACACCUUCAGAGAGCUCAGGACCUGAGCCUCAACAAGCCUAAUCCUCCAAAUACACAGGGUAGGGUGAUGUCAGGAGUCAGGGUAUCGACUGGUAAGAUGAAUGCUUUGCUGGGCUGAAGCUGGCUUCAGGGCAUUCCAGACAAGGGCACAACCGGGGACAGCUCCGGGAAGUGUGGGGUAAGGAAGUCACAUCAGAAAGAGGAAAGCCACAGAAUAUGUGUAAAGUCCAGAAAUGGCAUUUGUAGUUAAUUGGCACAUGUGAGGGCUAGACAGCUGAAUGAAAGCUUAAGAUUUGGAAACAUGACUUUUCAUUUAUGUCUUUAGUAUGAAACAUACCAAAGGUCUUAUUGUAGUUUGUGUUAAUGUAACAUUAAUACAUUUAUUGAUUCCAUUUCUUUAA